UGUCAAAUGGUUAAAACCAUUCCUCAAAUGUGUGUGCAUUUUUUUUCAAAUGUUGAAUAAAUUUUGAGAUAUUUUGUACGGAAAAAAGAUCAUCAUUGGAGUAAAUCAAAUCGAUAUUCUUUGAAUAGCCAAGUGUGAUGUUUACGUAUUAAAAACGUAAAUAAAUUCGUAUACAAUUCAAGAGCAAUUUUUUUUUUUUGAAUAUAAAUUUAUCAAUUUUUUGCGCGAGUUGUGCAUUGAAAUACACAGAAUCGCUUAAGACAAUUAGCUCCGUAAAAGGCGAGCAUUGAGUGCAAAAAAUAUUUCGGAAGAAGGAACGAUUUGAUAUUCGGAACUUUUUUAUCGUGAAUUGUGACCUAUGUUAAAUGUAUUAACAUUGAGAAAAUACACACUAUUUACCGGAAAUCAGUGAUUUACGAUAAGAAUUUUGGAGUUUGGAAUGAGAACUUUGAAUGAAUACAGAUCAUCUGAGAGAAAAUUUGAUUUCACCAAUAAAACCGUAGUCGGAAAACUGUAGUCGGAAUAAUUAACCGCAGUGUUUAUAAACAAUUGUAUGCAAUUCACAAGUGAAGUUUGAACGAUACCGACAACAGUGCAGAAAAAGCAAUAAAAGCAUCUAUCAAAUUAAAGAGAAAAAAAACGAAGAAGAAGAAUAAAAGUAUUAGAAAAGAGUGCAUUGAACGCGCGCACGCACGCACAUUGUUUGGAUUUCGAAAAAUCGCCAUCAUUAUUUACAGAUACAUCUCAAGUACUGCUAUUAAACCGGUGUACAAUCAAAAUAAGAACAAACCGACGAAAAACAAUUACUGUUUGUUGAUAUAUUUCUUUUAUUACACUCAUUAACCGUUGAUAUUGUGUAAAACAAAGUAUAUCGACAAGUUUUUCAUACGACAUGGCUGGUAGAGGUGCCUAUGAUAACAACUCCAGAGGUUAUGGCAAAAAACCAUUGCCAACUGAACCACCAUAUUUGGCAUUCGUUGGAAAUUUACCGCAGGGAAUCGUUCAAGGAGAUGUUAAGAAAAUCUUUCCAAACUUGUAUGUGAAACAUGUGCGUUUGGUCAACGACAAAGAUACAGAUUUGUUUAAGGGCUUUUGUUAUGUGGAAUUUGAAAAUUUAUCCGAUUUAAAAGAGGCACUCGAAUUGGAUGGCCGAAUUUCUUUGGACGAAUGUGAUGCUCCACUGCGUAUUGAUGUUGCCGAACAGAAAAAGGACAGGAGCGGUUUUAAUAAACGCGGACCGCAACAGGGACAAGGACAACAGCAACAACCGCAAAACCAACAACGUAAUCAUGGUAACAUGAAUAAUUAUAAUCGUGGCGGAAGACCACAACAACAAAUGAAUAAUGAUCAAUUCCGAAGCGGUAAUGAUCGUUAUAAUAAUGAUGGUUACAAUCAAAACCAUCAUGGACGAGAUGGCAGAGACUUCGGUAGAGAUGGUCGAGGUAACAGCAGCCGGCCUGCUGGCAACAACUAUCAUGACCGUCCAGCUAAUCGAGGCCGCUACGGUAACUUCAGCGACGAUGGUCCUGGUCAAAUGGUACGCUUCGAAAGAAACCAACGCGAAGGAUCCUACAAUAAUCGUGAAGAAAGGUACGGAAAUUAUAACCGACGAGGAAAUCAGGAACGUCCUACUUCGUUCAAUAAUAAUCCGGAUAGCAGACCUCCUCCUUCUGCCGCCACUCCAGUGCAUGAUGAAGCCGAGAGGCCAAGACUAAUAUUAAAACCUCGAACAGUUACGGAACCAAUUAAUGCUGUGGCUGAAACCAAACAGGCAGCCGCAAUUUUCGGUUCGGCCAAGCCACGAGAAGAGAAUUUAUCCAAGGUUAAGCCAGGCGAAACUACCGAAAAUUAAGAGAAAAGAAAUACACACAUUUUAAAUGGAAGAGAAAAACAAAACACAUGAGAAAUUAAACAAAAAAAAAAACAACAACAACCACACAAUUACACUUACAUUCAUCCCAACAUUUAUUUUAUCGAGCAAAAAAAAUAAUGCCAAGGAUGUGCAGACUAAAGAAAAAUAAGUUCCCACUAAAUUCAGCGACAGUUGAUUUACACGUAUAAACACUAUUUUAUAUGUAUGAAAACAAAGUGAAUAAAAUUAACAACAAAAAUUGAAUAAAACAAAAGGAAAAUUUCAAAAAAAAAAAAAAAUUAU